AAACCACGAGUGAUAUCAAAAUGGCGCUGGAGACCAGCAGCUGACAGAGACAGGCCCGAAGAGUGGAAGCUGCAAAGGGCCUCCCCAGGCCUAAGGCUCGCCGAGGCCCCGGGGACAUGGCCCGGCCGCCCCCGCAGUGGCAGUGCGGGGGCCGGCGGAGUCUCAGGCCUGACAGGCCCGGGCCACGGGAACACCCAGGUCUUCUGGGAGAAACACAGACCCCCAGGCCUCUGCUACGGCUGCGGAGGUGACUGGCAGUUCAAAGGUGCUUUGAAGGUGGACGUGGACAGUUCGGAGUAUACGGGUUAUAGAUACUACUUUAAGAAGCCAGGAUACAGGAUCAAGUCGCGCUCGUGCGAAGACGCGAGGUUUAUUCAUAUCAACUACGUUCUUCUUGCGGAGGUCAAACACUUCGAGAAGGAUCUACAAUCGGAGAUCGAGACGCACAGAGAUGUGUACGCGUCGCUCACGGGCACGGGCCGGCGGCUGCUGGGCUCGCUGUCCUCGCAGGAGGACGCGGUCAUGCUGCAGCGCCGCCUGGACGAGAUGAACCAGCGCUGGCACCACCUCAAGGCCAAGAGCAUGGCCAUCAGAAACCGGCUAGAGAGCAAUGCUGAGCACUGGUCAGCUUUAUUGCUGUCGCUCCGGGAGCUGACGGAGUGGGUCAUCAGGAAGGAGACCGAGCUCAAUGCGCUUGCGCCGCCUCGAGGAGACCUGCCCGCGCUGCUCAAACAGCAGGAUGACCACAGAGCGUUCAGGAGACAGCUGGAAGACAAGCGGCCAGUUGUCGAGAGCAACCUCCUCAGUGGAAGACAAUACAUCGCCAACGAACCCCCCCUCUCGGAUACUAGUGAUACGGAACAAAACCGCGAGAAUGAAGGCGACUCCCGCGGCUACCGGUCAGCUGAGGAGCAGGCGAGGGAACUGGCCCGCUCCAUCAGGAGGGAAGUGGCUAAACUGGCUGACAAGUGGAACACCCUGGUGGACCGAAGUGACGCCUGGGGACGGUGCCUCGACGACGCUGUACAGCGCGUCCGCACUUUCACAACCUCCCUCGACGAGCUCGCCUCCCGCGUGCAAGGCGCGGAAGCGGCGCGCGCGUCGUGGCGCGGGCCCGGCGACGCGCGAGACGCGCGCGCGCAGUUGGACGCGGUCACACGCGCGCGCGCGCAACUCCCGCCGCUGCGGCGCUUGGCUGAUGAACUACACGCGCAGGCCCAAGCGCUGCAGCGGGACAAGAUACAGCUGCCCGAGCAUCUGCUGGGCAGGCUCGAUGACUUGAAUACGAGGGUGGGCGCGCUAUGCGCCGGCGGCGAGGAGCGCGCGCGGCAGCUGGCCGGGGUGGCGCGUGACGGCGGCGCAGGCGCAGCGCAGGGCUUCCUCGCCGGCUCUGUGGACCCACCGUGGGAAAGAGCCGUCACGCCUGCCAACGUACCUUACUAUAUCAACCACGAAUUAGAAACGACACACUGGGACCACCCGAAGAUGAUCGAGCUGAUGAACUCGCUGGCCGACCUCAACGAGGUGCGGUUCUCGGCCUACAGAACCGCGCUGAAGCUCCGGACUGUACAGAAGGCGCUUUGCAUGCACAUGCUCCAGUUACCAGCAGCCUUAGAGGCCUUCGACUCGCACGGGCUCCGUGCGCAGAACGACCGACUCAUCGAUAUCCCUGACAUGAUCACCGUACUUACGUCGCUAUACGAGGUAAUAGCAGCAGAAAACCCAAGCCUGGUGAACGUGCCUCUUUGCCUGGACCUGUCCAUCAACUGGCUCCUCAACGUGUACGACAGCCAGCGCACCGGCCAGAUCCGCGUGCUCAGCUUCAAGGUCGGCCUCGUGCUGCUCUGCAAGGGACAUCUGGAGGAGAAGUAUAGAUAUCUAUUCCGGCUCAUCGCAGACCCCUCAUGCAGAGCUGAUCAACGAAAAUUAGGAUUACUACUACACGACUGCAUACAGGUCCCUCGACAACUGGGUGAAGUGGCAGCCUUUGGAGGUUCCAAUAUCGAGCCGUCGGUAAGGAGCUGCUUCGAGCAGGCUUCCGCCGCUACCAAAGACGGCAACAAGGGUGGCACUCUUGACAGGAAGGCGCCAGAGAAAGAAAAAGACAAAGAAGACACCAGCGACAAGACCCUCGAACGAACACCAGACGGGCAGCUGCAGUUCAUCGAGGCCUUCCAUUUCCUGCAGUGGCUGCAGAAGGAGCCGCAGUCCAUGGUGUGGCUGCCCGUGCUGCACCGCCUGGCCGCCGCCGAGCAGGCCAAGCACCAGGCCAAGUGCAACAUCUGCAAGGACUACCCUAUUGUGGGAUUCAGAUACCGCUGCCUGAAGUGCUUCAACUUCGACAUGUGCCAGAAGUGCUUCUUCAGCGGCCGCAAGGCCAAGAACCACAAGCUCACUCAUCCCAUGCAAGAGUACUGUACUGCGACGACAUCAGGCGAAGACGUGCGCGACUUCACGCGGGCGCUGCGCAACAAGUUCAAGUCGGCGCGCUACUUCAAGAAACACCCGCGGGUCGGAUACCUGCCGGUACAGACUGUUCUAGAAGGUGACGCGCUAGAGUCUCCCGCGCCGUCCCCACAGCACGGCGGCGCGGGCGGCGGGCUGGGCGCGGACGACAUGCACUCGCGGCUCGAGCUGUACGCCUCGCGGCUGGCGCAGGUGGAGCGGACGGCGCCCGACCAGGACACGCCCGACAGCGACGAGGAGCACCAGCUGAUCGCGCAGUACUGCCAGUCGCUGAACGGCAGCGGCGGCGCCGACGCCGACGACGCGCCGCGCUCGCCCGUGCAGGUCGUCUCCAUCAUCCACCGCGAGCAGCGCCACGAGCUCGAGGCCAUGAUCAGGGAGCUUGAGGAAGAGAACGCGAGCCUGCAGGCGGAGUACGAGCGGCUGAAGGCCAAGCAGACGCCCGGCUCCACGCCCGACGACCAGCAGGCCGACCGCAACGCGCCCGUCGACCAGGACAUGAUGGCGGAGGCUCGCCUACUGAGACAGCACAAGGGAAGGCUGGAGGCACGCAUGCAGAUCCUGGAGGAGCACAACCGCCAGCUCGAGGCACAGCUGCAGCGCCUGCGCCGCCUGCUCGACGAGCCGGCGCAGGGCUCGCCACCGGCGCGCACGGGCACGCUGCAGACGCGCUCGGUGACGGCGUCGCAGCUCGCCACCGACUCGCCCGCCAAGAUGCACAACGGGCUCUACCACGACGCACAUACCAAUGACCUAGGCCGCGCCGUCGAAGAGUUAGUUUCCGUGAUGACGGAGGACCAGCCAGCGCAGACCACCGCUCCUCCGCAGUACACCAACGGAAAGCCAGCCAAGGAGUGACCGCCCCAUGGUGCUGACGCGGGCAACCCCGCUUUAUUCCCGUCUGGCAACACUGUCCUUUGCCAUUUUAAAUUUUUUAUUGAAUAAUAAACCUUUUUCCAAGUUGUCUGGGUUCAAAUUCCCAAUUCAAAGGUUAACUGUAUUAUAUUUUGGUUUGGCUAUUUCCUACUAAUUUUCGACUCAUCACUAACAAUUGCACAUGCUGUACAAAUGACUUCUACCUUAUUAUACAAAAGCUCUAACAUUCCAUUCAUCAUUUCUAACAGAUGGCUUCUCGGUGUUGGUUUUCAGAAGCCUGAGUGGAUUCGGCUAAACAGAGCUAAUCAGUCUGACUGACUUAGUUCAUGAUAGCAACGGAACAAGACGAUUAUCGUAUGCAACGCUUAUUGUAUAAAUAAGGGCCUGCCAUUGUUGCAGUACAUAUCGUGAUGAUGUCGUUAAUCUUUCCUAUUCUUCUUCUCUUUAUACGGGCAACACUUUUGGUAUUUUUAAUUUUAACGGGCAACUCGACAGUGUUGCCAGAACGAAUUAAUCCAACGAAAAAGACAGCUAACGAGCAUUUAUAUUAAAAAACUGUACCAAAUUUAUCGAUACUAACAUUUUAUUAAUUGUUUAUAAGUACAUAUCUAUUAGUACAAUCUCCAUUAUACUAUCAUAUCACUUCUUGUAAAUUUCCAUAUCAUUUUAUGCUGUAUAUUGAACUGGCACGUGUAUAAAUAUCACGAGACUCAGGUCAUUGUUUUUGAAACGAAAUUGGCCAGACCGGUCAGAUCGGCUUGGAACUCAGUUGAGAGCUUUAAUAGUAAAUGUCGGAAUCAAAAACAUAUAUACAGGUGUUUACAAUUUUAGACAGUACCGUUGAUUUGCAUGUAUGCAUCUUUUUGAUGGCGACUUUAUCACAAUGUUAGCUUUAAAAUACCUGUUUUGAGACGUUUUUAUAAUGCAAUCGACGAUGCAAACAAAGCACGAAUCCAGAAACGAGGGCCUACGUUUUAGUGGAAAAUGUACUGUUAAUCAUAGAUAGUUGUUUCCAGCCUCCGGCUCCCGGGGUCGUAGGUCGGGUCAGCCCGCGGUAGUAGUAGUGUAGCCAACGAUAUCGGCAUGUUAUUUAUAUGCAUGUUUACAUAUUAUCGAGUUAUCAAAAAUGUAUCGUUAGAAAAAUAUGACUAAUCAAGCUGCUUCUAUGCAAAAUAGUGUUGAUCAUUUCCUUCGGUUACGUGUUUUGGACUGUCAGAAUAGUACUUCUUCGUAGACUUAAACAUGUAUCCAACUUUUUCACUAUGACAACGGUGACACGUUUGUACUUAGGGUAAUAUGGGCGGGGCAGUUUACGCCCCGCCCGUUUCGACGUUUGUGACGUGUCGUAAGGAGCUGCCUACCUUUUAGAUAAGAAUAUAUUGGAGAGAUGACUUUUAUACGAAUGUUAAGUAAUCUGUUGAAUGCUAACUUUACAAUUAAGGACUUCCGAUUUAACCAUAUCAUGGUUUUUUAUAUUUUUUAUUCGGUCGCGGAGUGUGCUGGAAUUUUAAUUCGGUUGUAUUAUUCCUUUUUAAUUGGCAACACUUUGAAAUUUCGGUCAACUCGCGACGUUUUGAUUAAUAUUAUAUCAUUAAUUUGGCUAAUAUAGUAUUUAAGAAAAAAAGCACAAUCUAUGUUAU